AUGCAGUGCAAUGAAAGAGACCACCACGUUCUCCUAAACUUCAAACACACCCUUGUCGAUCCGUCAGCCAUCCUCCCCACCUGGUCCGACGAGCGAGAUUGUUGUGAAUGGGAAGGAGUUCGUGGUGUCACUGUUCUCAACCUACGCUCAAAUUAUUUCGGAGGGGGAUUCCCAGAGGGUUUAUUGAACCUCCGGAAAACACAAGAAUUGGCUGUGGGGACAACAGACUCAGUGGGCCAAUUCCCCGACUGGUUAGGACAACUUCAACAUUUACAACUUCACGAUCUUAGUGAAAAUUUCUUUUCUGGCCCCGUUCCUUCAACCUUGGGAAAUAUCUCAUCGUUGAAAACCUUUAUUAUCAGGUCUAACCACUCCAGUGGUGCUCUUCCUGCAAAUCUUGGACAACUCUUGAAUUUGAGGAACUAG